UGAACCAAUCAUCUAGCCGCGACGGCCACACAGGCACGACCUCUCCGACAGGGUCGCCCUGCUGAUGCCGCACCGCACUCACCUCCCGCCGCUCCGCGCGUUCCAGUUCCCGCUCGCCACCCACCUCCGUCACACUUGCUCUCCUUCCCCGCCACCACCUCGCCUCUCGCCAGCUCCCGUACCCCGAUGGCCGACGCCGCUUCGCGCCCGCGCGUUCGGCGAAUCCAUCCGCGGAGGCGCCGAGCCCCCUGGCUCCACCCUGGACGCGCUCCUCUCGGGCGCGGAGCUGCUCUGCUUCGCGCCGCCCGCCAUCUGCUCUGCGGUUUGCACCGUCCGCCUUAUCGUCUCGCGGGGCGGCCCAGUCAAGCCAUUCGCUGCUCUAGCGAGUGGGAGAAUGUUCGUCUUGCAGUACGUUCUCUUGGUGGGGGCGGUGGCGGUCGGGGUGCUGGUCCGGCGGAAGCAAUGGGAGCGACUUUGCCGGGUGGGCGCGGGCGGCAGCGUAUCGGCCACAGGUGGUGUGGAUUUGGUGGGGAGGGUCGAGAAGGUGGAGGAGAGCGUGCGGGGUGUGUUGGCGGCCGUUGUAGUGCUGUCGAGAACAGUGGAGAAGCUCGGCGUCAGGUUUAGGGUGCUGCGGAGGGCGGUGACUGAUCCUAUCAGUGAGACAGCAACAUUAGCCGAAAAGAAUUCAGAAGCCACUCGAAUACUAGCAGCGCAAGGAAAUCUUCUCGAGAAAGAAAUUGGCUCGAUACAGAAGGUUCUAUACGCGAUGCAGGAACAACAAGAAAAGCAACUUGAGCUAAUCCUUGCAAUUGGGGAAGCAAGUAGGAUAUUAGAUGACAAGCAGGACUUCUUAGGCCAGGAAACUGCUAUAUCUUCCAGUUCAGCUCCAGAUUAUGCAAAUAUAAGGGACCCGAAUAUCAAUGGAACAUCAGAUUUUUAGGCACGGCAAAUCGAAUGUUUUUAUGGCAAUUUACGUUGGCGCAAGGAUGGCAACUAAACUUACCACCCUCGGCAAACAUAAUUUGUCAUGAAAAACGUUUGAUUUGCUAUGCCUAAAAAUCUAAUGUUAGUUUUUUUUAGCAUUUCAAAAUAUAAAAGCUGAAACACUUGCAGGCGGCAAUAAAACCCCUGAUUUCAUUUGCCGAAACAGAAGCUAUAGAAGCGUCAUAAGCCUCUGCAGUAAGGUUUUGUACCAUCCAAAUAGUGAAGAGGAAUAGAUGAUUAAAGUGGUUCCCUGACGAAUAAAAUCACUGCUUUGGACAGUAAGCUGCCAGCAAUAUUUUGAUA